AUGGCAACCACAGUAAUGACUUCGCUUAACCUCAAACCCUCUCCCUUGACCCUCGAGAGAACCGCUGUGCAUGGCCUCCUGUCCCUUGCUAGAACGUCCUCUUUGAGAGUCGAGGCCAGUGGCGGCAAGAAGAUCAAGACCGACAAGCCUUAUGGAAUUAAUGGAGGCAUCGCCUUGAGAGAUGAUCUGGAUGCUUCGGGCAGGAAGCCUAAGGUAGGUCUAAAACCAUAUAUUCCGUUGGAAAGGGUGUACCAAUUUGUUGAUUUGUAUGGUGCUAAUGUGGAUGGAUACAGUCCAAUUUACAACACAGAUGACUGGUCACCAAGUGGAACUACAGGUUUAGCCAUCUGGGCUGUGACCUUGGUUGGUAUUCUUGCUGGGGGUGCUCUUCUUCUUUACAAAACAAGUGUUCUGUAUCAGUCAACAAAAUAUUGUCCUAGCUAUGUUAAAAUUAAAUCAUUGCCUCUCGACUCACUCCCUGGCCGCCACCUAUCUUCUCAGCAGAACUUAAGUUCUUAUCUCUUCGAUGGAAACACGUUAAUGGUGAAACACAGAAUUUGGCAGCAGGCAUGCAAGAACAUGCCCAAAUUCCCGUGUCGUCUUAGUGAAAUCUCAGAAUAA